CCGCCUUGCUCUCACGGAGAUUGGUUGCGCCAAUGCUGCCAGUCCUGCUAAGCCCCCAGAAGGUUGGUGGAGUGGGCGUGCCAUUUUGUGUUGCUCCCGAGGCGGCCUGGCGCGCGCGAGCUCGGAGGCCUCCCCAUCGGACCCCAGCGACAGGAGCAGGUCCUUGGCGCUCGGCAUCGUGGUCAGCACCCAGCCAAUGCGGCCUGUCCUCGCCGCGGCGUCGCCUUUGUCGCCUCUGCUGGUGCAGGCGUCGCCCUCGCUCGACCGCGAAGGGGCGUCCCCAGCAGCCAACGGCCAGCGACGAGGGUCGGCGCCCGCGCUCGUCGACUGUUCCGCCGCGCCCGUGCAGUCGCCACUCAAGAAGACCUCCAGGGCCUCUUGGGCGGAUCUGCAGGACGAUCUCGACGGCGGGUGCAGCGAGGCCUCCACGGAGGCAACCCAGCGCACCCUCUCGGGCCACUCCAGCGGCGCCCUCUCGUCGGACGGGUCCGAGAGGUACUCGGGCGCCCUGGCCACCAGGCGGCGUAGCACGGGCAAGCUGGGCACGAUGCUGGCGCAGGGGCUCAUGCGCGAUGAUGGCACGGGCUCGAUGCUGACGCAGGGGCUCACGCGCGAUGCGGGCACGGGCAUGGCACCGGGCGGGGGCAUGAUGUUGGCACAGGGACUGAUGCCGGCGCUGCCAGAGGAGAGGCCCGGCUCGCCCAUCCUCGGCUCGCCGAAGCGAGGCUCGCCGAAGGUUGGCUCGCUCGUCGAGGUGGUCGGCACCUACCCGUCGGGCGCGCACGCUAUCGUCACCAACGUCAACCGCACGGAGGACAUCUACAAGGUCCGGCUGAUGCACAACGGUUCUCCCACCCGCCGCCUCAGGACAAUCCAGAGCAGACAUAUUCGCCUUCUGUGCCAUACAGAGGCAAUGCAAUAGUCUGCCUGGCAGCACGCUUGGGUGCCAUGAUAUAUUAUAUAUAUAUAUAUAUAUAUAUAUAU